UCUCUAUUUCUGUGUCCUCCUCUCUUUCCUUCUCUCUGUCUUUUUGCGGACCAGCAAGCUCAGACUUUGCACUAGUUACUUUCCCUUUUUUUGUGGAUUUAUUUCCCUCUGCAUGCUGUUGCUUGCUCAGUGGCAGACAUCUCCUCGGCUCUGACUGGACUACAUCUCUGUAGCAUGUGUUUCUGCAAUCAGUCAGUGCUGGACUAAAGUCACAGGUCACAACUGGCUAAGUGCGUCUCUCUAAAUGAUUGUCUUUUUCCUCUGAGGUAGGUGGUGUUUUUUGGGGUUUUUUUUGUCCUUGACUACCUAAUGAGUACAAUCUCUAAAUAAUCUGGAGACAAAAGAGCAUCAGAAGGGACAAUGAAGAAAAUCCAGCCUUUCACCAUUGGGACUAAACUGUCUGUCCCUAAUGGAGCUAAAUGUCACGACUGUGUGGACAUCGUCCUUCCUGCUCCAGCUCUGGAAAGCAGAGACACGAAUGACAGAAUGUCACUUAGCCAUGGACAGACAGAGUCCACGAAACAUAAUCCUACAGCUAUUGAAGAUGGAUCUGAGGAGGAGAGGGACUCGGUCUCUCCAGCGGCUUCCUUGAGGUCCAUCAGGAAAAUCGCCAUCUGUGGGAUGACUGAGAUGGAGCAUGACUGUGCUGUCAUAAAUCUGACUAAAUGCCCCAGCACAUGUGAGCCUAACCAGAGGCAAAGCUCAGCUGAAAAACAAAAACACAUUGAGAGGAAAUUUGUUGACAAGUCCUUCCCACUAUUAGAGACAGAACCAUGGAGGAAGAUGAAAAAUCUUCAGUAUGAUUAUGGAAUCCCAGCAUUCCCAAUUGAGCACCCUGGUGAUGCAUCUAUCAGCCAGGAGCGAGACCUCAAGGACUUUGAGAAUUCACUCAUACAACUGACGACAAGUCUUGACUUGAAGGAUGAUGCAGAGGGGGUUGUUCUAAAGAAGGCCACUGUGGUGGGAGAGUGCACUGACAAAUCAUGGUUGAAGAUCAGGACUAUUUUCCAAGAGCAGCAGGAGCUUGUUCUGGCACUGGAUGUAUCAGCGUUUUAUCAUCACGCAGACGCCAUCAUAAACACCAUUAAUAGCAAGAAGAGUAGUCUACAUGCAACAAAUCUCCAAAGUGGAGACAGGAAGGAGAAUGAGAUCAGAAAAAUAUCUAGUCAGAUCAAGAUGCUGAACGAAUCUGCAGCUUUGCUCUCCACCAUCCACCCAGUCCUGGCCAGCCGAGUGGCACGCAAGCAGGCUGAGGUGAAGGAGAGCUGGGCUGUGGUCCAGGAUGCUGUCGGCGGGUUAGGCAAGGGAGAUGGUAACACUCAAAUAACUGCAGCACAGAACUCUGCUGAGCCUGAACCUCAUGGUGUAAUGGAAAAACACGUCAAAGAGGAACAAAACCGUCUGCGAGGAGCUGAGGACCCAUGGGUGUAUAGAAUGCUAAGUCUCACUGAAGAGCCCUCCUCAGAGAGCCCGGGUCCCCUGGCCGGACCGAACUGCCGCAGAACGAACAGUAUCACUGAAAACUCAGAAAGCAGGGACCAGCUGGGACUGCUGGACUGCUUAACCCCACAAAAGCCUUUCAGACAACCGUUAACCGAGUUCAGCACAUCAGCUGACAGUGUUUCCCAGUCAUUGUUGGAAACCCACAUAUGUGUUCCACUUGGUGAGGAUGAGGAGAGCUCAAAGCACUCACAGGAACACAGAAGCUCCGAGAAUGAGGAGCUCCUAGGCCAGAUGGAAGUACUUUGGGAGGGACUGAGGAAGAGAUAUGAGCUGGUGAUAGCACCAGACCCAGCACACCCAGAACACCCAGCAGACAAGGAGUUUCAUCUGACAGAUGAUGAGACAGCACAGAUGUUUCUAGAACUCCCCUAUGCAAACCAUCCCCCAAAGAAUGUGGAGGAGUGCAGAUCUGGAAUGCUUGAAAAGUUUCUCGAGCUUCUGGAUCACAGGGAUUCUCCAGCUCUUCAGAAUGGCUCUGGAAUCUCUGAAUGUAAUGAGGCAUUUCCGGGUGUGUCCGGUGAUCUGAAUAAAUGUGUGUGUGCCCACAACCAAGGCCAAUCAAAUCAGGAGCUACUAAACCUGCAGCUGUCUACAUUAACUCUACGCAUGAACGAGCAUCUCGCACACUGUGCUGAGCUCAGCAUGGAUAUGCUGGACAUGGAGGCUGACGUGUUCAUACUUUGUGACCCAGAACAUUGUGGAGUGGGAUGUCUACAGGAACAGCAGGAUGGUUUGGAGGUUGACUAUCUCCUCAUUGAAAGGGAGGUGGAAGGCAUGGAGAUUUUGGUGAGGUCACUCCAGGUUCCUCUCGGAGACAUGGAUGAACUUCUCACAGGGGAAGUUCAGCCAGUCCUGCAAAUCUGGGAAGAAGUGCGUCACAACAUGGAAGAGAACAGAGAACGUCUGGCUAAAUUCAACCAAUUACGGGACUAUUUUACCAGCUACCUGGAACUGAUUGAAUGGACAGAGAGCACCAGAUCUGCCAUCCUAUCAGGCAGUACUGCUGAUCAGUGGAAAGACAUAGAGGUGCAGCAGAUGAACAGUGGACUUGAACAGAAACUGCUGGAGUUUGAUCAACUGGCUGCAGCUGGUCAGAGGCUAGAGGAUGAAGGGAAUUACCCAAAGGAGACUAUUAAGGAAAGGACUGAGGAGCUGAGGGGAAUGUUGGGAUGGAUUCAGGCCAACUGGAAAACUCAGAGAGAGCAGCUUAGUCAAAAGAAGAACCUUUUUGUAAAUAUGGAUCCACUGAAGAGAGAGGAGAUGCAGAGUACUGCAAUGGAACUUGGAAUAAAGGUGGAUUUCCCUGGGCUUGCGGUCCAGGAGUCCUACCCUGUCCACAGCUCUCUGAGCAGUAGCAUUCGCCUCAUCCUCAGCUCCGAUGACCAGUCAGCAUGUAUUAGGCAAGUGUUUAAACCACCUUCACUUAGCAGCCGGGAAGAACAUGCACAGCUGCUACCAGGAAGAAACAAGACACAAUGUCAACAGUCAUCAAUCACUAACUCUGGAGGUCUGCAACUCUGCAAUGAAUCAGUCAUCGGUCAUAGCAAAGAACAGAAAAAGGAUACAAACCCAGCAUGCGUGCAGCAAUCGCAAACAAAUCCAGCACAUGUACAACCAUCGCAAACAAACCCUGCACACAUGCAACCAUCACAAACAAACCCAGCACAUGUUCAGCAAUCGCAAACAAACCCAGCACACGUGCAACCAUCGCAAGACAUUUUUCAGAUGCAACAGUCAGAUAGAACAGUCAAUCAAACACUGAAGCAACAGUCACUUGGCAACAUUCAGAUACAAAGGCAACAAUCACUAUCCAAUGAAGAAUUGGAAUGGCAACAGUCACCAAAUAUGAUGCAAGUACAACACCACCAGUCACCAGGCAACAUGAUGCAAAUACAACACCACCAGUCGCCAGGCAACCAUUUGGAGUCACCAACAAACAACAAAGAGCAGAGAACAGAGCAGAAACACAGUGCAGAAUCACCAGCUACUCGUCAUGUUCAACGGCAGCAGCUGCCAAGAACUACUCCGAUAUAUCAUCAGUUAUUAAACAACAUACCAGAGUCUGGUGACUCAGAAAUUCACUUAGCAGAGAAGAAACAAUUGAUAGGUAAUGAUGAAAUAUGUUUCGCAUCACCCCAAAACUUGGAUCAAUUGCAGAACCAUUUGUGUAAAAGUGGAAAAGAAAAGACAUCUAGCAACUGUGGCCAACACAGUUCACAGCUUAUUCUACAGUCACCCAAAACAAAUCACAUGAAGGACCAGCGGUUGUCUGGCAAAAAGCCACAGUCAUCAAGCAACAACCAGACACAGCUGGCAGCUGAGGGAACCCACAGGGUAACCACAUAUCUGCAUGUUACAGACGUUUCCAAACUCACAGACAGACCAUCAGAGAUGGAGGAAAGUGCAGCAGUGUCCCUACCGUCUUCAUCUUUCUCACCCUGCUCUCAAUCACCUUCAUCUUCCUCAUUCCCCCAUCCAAGCUUGUAUGGAGUAAUAUCCCCUCAGAGCUGUGAGACACCCAAGGCAGAUUCUGUGGGCUUGGAACAACCAAUGAGAACCAACCGCCGGAGACACAUGACCCUCAGCAUUAUUCAGUGUGCCCAUUGCAAUACAUCAUCACACUGGUUCCGAGGGAGAUGUAACACCUGGCCAGAAGGUAGAAAGAGGCAUCCCAUCAACACUGAACACCAGGGGUUUAAGAAAGAGGAUUCAUUUCGUGUGAUAUGUACAGAAGAACCAUACCCAGAUAAUGCUUUGAGGGACAACUUGCUAUCAAAAGUGGAGAUACCCAGCAAACCAAACAAUAACAUGUGCCCUUAUCUGUCCCUGGGGUCCACUCUCAGAGUUUCGCUACCCCAGGAUGUCAAAGUGCUUUGCCAUAGUGCUUCACAUGUGCAGAGCCCUGUGAAGGGUGAAUAUUCUUCAGCCAGUUCAGGUGUAACCGACUCAAACAACCAACCUUCACUGGCAGGAGGCGCCGAGCCAAGUCUGAUUCUGCAGCACACACCACAAGCACAGGUAGAGAUGCAACCAGUUACUGAUAAUAAUUCACUAAUGCAACCAGACCAUGAAGCAUUUCAUAUGUUAGACAAAGUAUUAUUCAGUCCUAUUUCUGAGAAAAAGGACCAACAACCUGACAAAACCCAACUAAGAUCUCAAGCAGAAUGUGAGAAGAUGAGAUCUGCUAUGGAACAUGGUCAUUUGGAAGUUAAAGGAAAACACCAAGACUUUGAGCAACACACCAAUGAUGAACAAUGCAUUGAGUUAAAGGAACCUUUCACAGUGAGUGACCCCACAGCUAGCUCUUACAGUCUGCUUUGCAACUCUUCAUCAUACAAGCACAAUUGCCUUAGUGUUCACACCAGGAUCAAGGAUCUGAAUACGCAUGUGUACCACAUGUCCGGACACUUGCAGUGGAAUUCUCAGACGAAUUCUGUCUUGUUAGGAGUGAAAGGUCCAAUCCAGCUGGCUGAUUCAAGUCUGGGCUCAAGCAAGCUGAAGCGUGUAGUAGUUUGCGGAGAGAGAGAAUGUGCAGUGUGCUGCUCUGCUCCAGAUGAGGGGCUCGUGGCGUCCGCAGCAGCUGCGGAGACAGACAACAUGGCCACAGUGCCGCGGUUUACUCACCAGCAGUUCCUGGAGGAUGAGGAGGAACUGAAGGAUAUCUGGAAAGGAAAAACAGACGACAUUGCAUCAGGCUGGGACACUGGGAGAGGAACUGGCCACAAGACGGCUGUAUCAGGGUUUUCUGUGAGAAACGACAAAGGACCAGUGGCACUCUGACUCCAUGGAAUGGAACUCAAGAUAAUAUUUCAUACAUCUGGCAUAUUACAGCCAUAUUACUUUAAAGUACAUUUGUAUAAUUUAUUUGUAGGCUUAGCAUUUGUUAAUAAUGUUGCAAAGAUUUUUUUUUUUUAAAUCAAGAUUUAAGGGGUUGUAAGCUGGUGUAAGACGACACUAUAUUUCAGUUUACACGAAUUCAUUAUUUGUGCAGUUACACAACCUUGAGAUCUGUUGUACAACAACUGUCACAUAUUUACAAUAUUCCCCAGAAUCAUCUAAUCUAAUCUCCAACUGCACACUAAACAUAAUCAGCAUUUGCGUGAGUUUUUGCGUCAAAAACACGGCCGCUGCCUGUGAGCCACCAUCAGAUGGCGCACUCGCCGCACGACUGCGGUACACCGGCAGUAUCGCAGGGAAAAGCAAAAAACCGGAAGAGAGGUGGAUUUGCAUCCGCUUAUGUUGUGUUCCACCACUCCCAUAACAGCUGAUCUGGGGGUCAACGGGAUUUAAAGUCAAGACUGCAAAAUAAUAAUAAUAAUAAAAAAAUAAAUAAAUCACUUCGCUAUGAGAAGCGCUUGCGUGUUCAAAUUUUACGGGUUUGCAUAAGAUGAAAAUAAGCCCAGUGUCCAUGUGUGUAGUGUUGGUAGUGGCACAUUUCACUGGCCCAGUUUCACAAUGAUAGCAGCCCAGUGUCUUUUAUUAUACCACAUUUAAUGGAGCAUGCCAAGUGUUUCGGUGUCAUUAAAUCAUUAUAUUCUAAAUAUCCUAAACACUUUUCGCAAUCUUUACACAUAAACUAUACUAUUACACUGUAUAAUUUUUUUUUCUUUUCUUUUUUUUUUUGUCUACAACGACUUUACAAUAGGUGAUGUAUAAUAAAGGCAAUCGUGUCUGGAUAUCGAUCUGUGCGUUUAACGAAAAUGACCGACAACGUAGCCAGCAAGUCCUUCAGGAAAGGUGGGGGUCUACCCACCCCACCCCAACCCAGACGUAAC